CCCCCAAGCCAACUAAUGUCCCCACUCACCCUGUCUGCCUUCACCACCCUCACCCACCUCACCAACCUGAAGUUGAAAGGAUCUUUCCAACAUUCCCAAAUACGUUCCAUCAGAUUCUUCAUUCUUUACAUCUCCCUCAAUCUUCCCCCCCACCACCUUUCCAAUUUCAUCUGCACAUCUCAUUUUACUUCUUUUUAUACUUGCCCCAGUUUUCUCUCUUUUGGUUCCUCAUUCAGCUUUCUCUUUUCUCUUGUCCCUCAAAAUUAACUCCUAUUAAUAAUAAUAAUCAAGAUUAGACUAAUAAAGAAUCAGUUUUUUUCCUUUAAUAACCUUCACUAAUUGUCAAAAGCUGAUUGGUCCUGCCUAUUCUCUGUAUUUUCUUAAUCUCUUCAGCAGAGAAGUUUUUCCAAAAUAAUCAAUUGCAGACGGUUACUGUAAGUUGCUAGUUUUUCUCUUUUCAGCAACCCAAAAGUUGCAGUCUUUGGUUAGUAGUCUGAAGCUUGGUUUAUAAUUUUUUCUGGGUUUGGGAGAAGAUAACAAUACUUUGAUGUUAGAUUGUUGAUACCCAGAAGGGGAAUCGUUGAUGGUUAAUUAGAUGCAAUCAAGAGUUGUUCAAAUGGUGGAGGAGAAUAAAGAUCCCUUAGUUGUAGCUAGGAGUACCGGCAUAACUAGGGCUUUGCCACAAAGGCUGCUACAGUUACUGAUGCUCUUUCUCUUUUUGUGUUUUACUUUUUCUGUCGCUAGUAUUUAUAUGAUCAAGUACUUUGGAUUUCAUAGCAUAGUUCCUACAGUAAAGCCUACUUUACAGCCAUGUAUUGAGGAAGAAUCUAAAAACUUAGAGCGUUGGAUUAAUCCUCCAUCUAAUUUGCUGCAUACUAUGUCUGAUAAAGAGUUGUUAUGGAGGGCUUCAAUGGUGCCUCGGAUAAAGAAGUAUCCAUUCAAGAGGGUUCCCAAGAUUGCAUUCAUGUUCUUGACUAAAGGACCAUUGCCAUUGGCACCUAUUUGGGAGAGGUUUUUUAAGGGGCAUCAGGGGUUUUAUUCAAUUUAUAUUCAUUCAUUGCCAUCAUUUGAGGCUGAUUUCCCGGCCUCAUCAGUGUUCUACAGGAGGAAAGUUCCCAGUCAGGUGACAGAAUGGGGAAAGAUGAGUAUGUGUGAUGCUGAGAGAAGACUCAUUGCAAAUGCAUUGCUAGACAUCUCCAAUGAGUGGUUUGUUCUGCUUUCUGAGUCAUGCAUCCCCCUCUACAAUUUCAAUAUCAUCUACAAGUACAUAAGUCGGUCAAAGCAUAGCUUUGUUGGUGCAUUUGAUGAUCCUGGACCAUAUGGAAGAGGUCGAUAUUCUGAGAAUAUGUUACCCGAGGUUAGUGUUUCUCAGUGGCGCAAAGGAUCACAAUGGUUUGAAAUGAGUAGGAAGCUUGCUCUUUUCAUAGUCGAAGACACAAAAUUCUACCCCAAGUUUGCGGAGUUUUGCAGGCCAGCAUGUUAUGUAGACGAGCACUACUUCCCAACAAUGCUGACUAUUCAAGCAUCAAAUCUCUUGGCAAACAGAAGUAUAACAUGGGUUGACUGGUCGAGGGGCGGGGCUCACCCUGCCACUUUUGGAAAAUCAGAUAUCACGGAAGAGUUUAUGAAGAGAAUGAUGGAAGGACAUAAUUGUACGUACAAUGACCGAAACACAUCAAUAUGCUAUCUUUUUGCAAGGAAGUUUGCUCCAAGUGCUUUGGAACCUCUGUUUCUUCUAGCACCGAAAUACUUAGGUUUCUAGAUUAUAUAAGUCUAAUUUUGUUGUAUCAACGAUUCCACUCGUGGAAUUACAAUGUGUAUGGUGUAUUUUGUUGUUGCUGUAGUCAGGUAGGUUACUUAGUUAAGAUAAGGCCACUGACUGCCUAUUCAUUUUUCUGCCACCAUGUUGAUUUUGUCCACCAUUUCCAACUUUGAAACUAUACUAGAUAUGUACAUGCAUCAGAGGUACUUUGCCUAAUAUGUGAAAUCAUAUUGAUACGAAGUUGGAAAUUUUGACAUCCAAUUUGAACUUGUAUUUUUUC